GUUAAUUUCUUCUUAUUUUUUCAACAGGAACCUUUGCUAAACGAAAUGAAACACAAUCUGGUGUGUCAGACACCUCCCACUGUCACUGUUCAUGUAAAAUCAAGUGCAUCCAGAUCACAUCAGCAAAAAAAACUUACUAGACUAAAGCGACCUGCUUUUAAAGACCAUCAAGAAAAUUGUGAAAAAGGGGUUUCUAGUCAGAAAUAUAAAUGUCCAAAGGGACCAUGUCUAGUUAUUCAGCGUCAGGAAAUGACAGCUUUCUUUAAAUUAUUUGAUGAUGAUCUAAUCCAAGACUUCCUUUGGAUGGACUGUUGCUGCGAAAUUGCAGACAAGUAUCUCUUGGCAAUGACUUUCGUUUAUUUCAAGAGAGCUAACUUCACACCAAGUGAGCAUACCAGAAUCAAUUUCUUUGUGGCUCUGUAUCUGGCAAACACAGUUGAAGAAGACAAUGAAGAAGCAAAGUAUGACAUUUUCCCAUGGGCUUUGGGCAAAGCCUGGAGAAAGCUCUUCCCUGAUUUCUUAAAGUUAAGAGAUCAACUUUGGAGUAGAAUUGACUACAGGGCUAUUGUAAGCAGACGCUGCUGUGAAGAGGUGAUGGCUAUCGCUCCAACGCAUUACAUCUGGCAGCGAGAGCGCUCCGUGCAGCACAGCGGAGCUCUAAGGAGUUAUGAGGAUCAGGUGCAGCUGCCCCGAGGCCCCAGUGCUACUCCUACAGACUGCCUGCUCUGCGGGAAGAAAGGCAGGUUUGUACGGCUCGGAUUAUCAUCUUCCUCCUCCUCCACCGACACUUUGGAGAUGAUGGACUUACACUCAUCCCAGAAAUCAAAGGACGCCUUCUCAACUGAAAAAAUGUUCAUUGACUCUCCUUAUAAAGCCCAAGGUAUGGUUUGGGUUUCAUAUUGGAAAAUACUGUGAAUAACUUUCCAUUAGCCAUAUUUGCCCUUCAGAGUGCUGCAGGGACUGCUCUGUCCCUCCCUAUUACACCUUGGCAGAACCGUGCUUUUAUCCUCGUGGAUUCAUUUUCACAUAUCGUAUCUUGACUUCCUGGAAGUACCAACUGCUUUACAUUGAGUCUCUUCAUGUCACUUUCAUUUACUUUGGUAGAUAUUGGGUGCAUUCCAGUCUACUCAGCCAUUUGUUACUAUUCUUGCAUUAUAAAUGAAAUUGGGAGUCCUGUUUUAAAUGAUUUUUUUUAUGACUGGCUGGAACAAUAAAAAUACUGGUGUGUGUAAAGUGAGUUAAAGUGCUCUUGCUGAGAGCAUGUUUUGAGAAAUGGCAGGAUGCUCAUUUGCAGUAUGGGUUUGGACAUAGGUUAAAUUCACAAUUUCCAUUUUCCUCUAAGUAUCUAAUUUGUUGACAAUUUAUACAAGACUGUUUUAAUACUGGGGUGUGAGUAGAAGACAAGAGCUUAUUGAAAGAAUUGUUUACAUAAUUGAAUCUCUGCUCAUUAAUCUACUCUCAAUAGCAGCCUUUGCAUCAGGGGCCUCUGUUACAUAAAGCAGUUGUGGGGCAAACCCAUUAUUAAAUUUAUUAUUAGAAGUUAAACACAUUUGAGAUGUAAACUUCCUCAGGCAUCCGGAUAAGGCCUCGGCUCUGCAAAGAUACUCUCCUGUAGUUAACCAGUGCAGAGUUCCUACUAUACAUAUCUAAUACAAACGUAGUUAUUUAUAGCUCUGUAUAUUUUAUUUGCAGGUGUUCUCAUUAAUAUCCAAAUUUUCACUAUUAUAGUAAGAUUGUUACUGUUUUUGAGAGCUUUAGUAUAAAUGUGAUUCUCAACUUUGAAAAAAUUGGCAUUUGAAUAUUUCCUGAGAUAUAAAGCAAGUCAGGUGUUUACAAAACAUAACUGAAUAAUUUAAUGUGUUAAGCAUCACCACUUCCUCAGGGGAGACCCAAAAUGACUUUAAGUCUGUUUUUACUUGAGAGAUCUGGCUUCUCAUCUCUGAAAAGGGCCAGAAAAAAACUGUUUCCUUCAACCAUUUGAGAAUACUUUAUAUGAAGUGAUGUUCACAAAUAAGCAGGCACCUUGCAGCAUGAGUGCUGGAAGGGAACCAAAGCUGUGCCUGUCAACAACUGUUUUGAUGUUGAAAUAAGCACAGCUUUAUCAAGUGAACACAUUUAGUGAAUUUCAGUAUCUCUUAAAGGUAUGUCUUAAGAACUUUGUAGUUAAAGAAAUCUAUAGUCGCCAGUUGGAAGCCAGCAAAGUAUAAAUUUCAAAGGAGAGCCUUUGAUCCCUUAUUUUCUUACUAAAAGUUUUUUUUCCUUAUUUCUGGUAGACUGUAAGAGGCUGUCCAGCAAAAGGCAACCAUGCAGCACCCUGGAUCAAGAUAAGUCUAUGGAUUGGUUUACAAGCAAUGGAGAAUGAAGUGCACCUGAUAAGACAGAAACAGAUACUGUGAUCUGCAGAACAACCUGGGCUGCAUCACAACACUAGAU